AUAAAGCAUCAUUUUAUCUCCUCAUCUCUUCGCGGAACUCGACUGCCUCUCUUUCCCUCCUUCUCUACUUUAAUACGUCGCCGGAAUCCGCCACUCUCCGGCGUCUACAAUACCCCCCUCUUUAACCACCAGAAAACCCACAACCCACCUAAGGUCACCAUUCCAUUUCAUCUCUCUGUUUUCUCGAGAAACUUAAAUGGCCUCAAUCACCUCUAUAACUCCCACACUUCCCAUGACCACAAUAUCAAAACUCUCAAUCUACGCAAAACCACCAAACUUUGUUUGCUUACCUUGUACGUUCACUAAUUGUUCAGUUUCGAAGCCCACAAAGCCAAGGGCCUGUAACAAUGGGGGAUUGUUUACAUUCGCGUGCUCGACUUCGCCGUUUAUUGGGAGAGUUGGGUUGCAGAGAAGAGAAGGAAACAUUUCUCUUUUGUAUUUUGGAAUUAAUCCUAAUGGUGAGGUAUCAAAGACCGAUGCUUCUCAGGUCCUUUCAGCAAUGCUUCCUUUUGUGGUUGCUGCCACUGCUAUUGCUGCUCUUGCUCAGCCAUCUACUUUCACUUGGGUAUCUAAGGAGGUAUACGCCCCAGCCCUUGGUGGGAUCAUGUUGUCAAUUGGAAUUAAACUUUCUAUUGAUGAUUUUGCUCUUGCAUUUAAGAGACCUUUACCGCUAUCUGUUGGGUUUCUUGCACAGUAUGCACUGAAACCAGCCCUUGGGGUAUUAAUUGCAAAGGCGUUUGGGAUGUCUCGGAUGUUCUAUGCAGGUUUUGUCCUCACAUCUUGUGUUGCAGGGGCGCAACUUUCAAGCUAUGCCAGUUUCUUGAGCAAAGGGGAUGUAGCUGUGAGCAUUCUCCUUACUAGCUCUACAACCAUCGCAUCAGCGCUUGUCACGCCUCUUUUAACUGGCCUCCUCAUCGGUUCUGUUGUUCCAGUUGAUGCUAUUGCCAUGUCAAAGUCAAUAUUGCAGGUUGUUCUUGUUCCAGUCACUCUUGGCCUCGUGCUAAAUACAUAUGCAAAGCCAGUGGUAAAUGUUAUUCAGCCUGUGAUGCCAUUUGUUGCUAUAAUAUGUACCUCAAUUUGUAUUGGCAGCCCUCUAGCUAUAAAUAGAAGUCAGAUUCUGUCUUCAGAGGGUCUUAGAUUGGUUCUUCCAGUUUUGGCAUUUCAUACAGUGGCAUUCACAUUUGGAUAUUGGGUUUCCAGAAUUCCAGCUUUGAGUCAGCAUCUACUUAGGAGCCCAUUGAUGUCAUGAUAUCCUUCCGAGGGCUGAAUUGUGUACUUGGAAUUGUUGAUUCUCUUGACCUGCUCUCUCUCUCUCUCUUAUAUGGUAGGCUAUUAUUCUGAUGCUUAUUUCUUUCCAUUUCUACUGCUUGUGAUCUGCAUUGUUAUUUUGCACUUGAUCAUCUUACUCCUUCCAAUUAUUACCCAUCCCAUGAGUGGUGAGUCCACUUCUCAUUAAAUAUAUGAGAAGUUAAUCAGAGAAUUAUUCUUAUCAGUUGCUGCUUUAUGCAUUACGCAAAUGUCUAUUAAUUCUUAUCUCUGAAUUUAAAAGCAGUUGCCCUUGCUCUUUUCCAUUCUGGGUCUUUUCUUGCAACUCCUCUAAUUGAUGUUUUCAUUAGCCUAUAUACAUAUAUUUUCUCCUUUCUUAAAUCUUAACUAGCAGUUAUUUAUGGCGUUAUUGUUGUUCCUCUGGUGAAUGCAUCUGUAGAAUCUUAUUUCCAUGCCACAGAAUCUUAUGUUUUGAAGAACUUCAAAAUGGAUGAUCACAGGACUCAUGAUUCUAUUAUCAAUUAAUAUUCCAGCAAGCUUUUAUCCCAUAAACGUGAUGAACGAAAAUGGUUAUUU